AAUCAUAAUAUUGAUCCCUAUUCGAUGGGCAUGCCAUCUGAGUAGCUAUGUAAUUAAUACCAGGUGUGAAAAGUAAAGAUAUUUGGUUAACCAUAGGUAAUAUAGACAAAGCGGGCAUGGAUUAAUUUUAUGAUCCUACCUAUACCAAAUGGUUAACUACCUGUUUUUGAGUCCUUCCACCCCAGGAUAGACCUAUAAAGGCUGAGUACUGUAAGGCAUAUUGCAUCAUUAUAGUACGACACUUCGUUAAGAAUAGAAUGAUUCAUCAUCUCGUUUACUUGAGCCUAAUCCUUGCUCGGAUGGGUGCUGGCGUUCUUGCUAAUGACGACGACUGUAAUGAAAUGGUUUGUGGUUCGGUUGUGUCCAAGUGUCUGCUAACACAGAGUUGUCAGUGCAAGUUGAACGACUGCCAUUGCUGUGAGGAUUGCGUGAGCUGCCUGGGCGAAUUGUUUUUGGAGUGCUGUGGCUGUCUCAAUAUGUGUCCCAAGUUGAAAGACACUCGGCCGUCGCUGUCGUCACGCUCAGAAAUUAGGGAUCUUGAAGGUCUGCCCGAGUUAUUUGACACUCUAACCGCUGAGGAUGACGACCAAUGGUCAACCAUACGUUUUCCGAUGCGCCCCGGAUUCAAACAGCGUCUGGAGGGCACAGACUCCGGCACGGAGCAUCAGCAUCAGGCGGGUGGCCUGCUCAACUGCACCGUCAUCUAUAUGAACUCGUGCAUACGGUCAAGCAAGUGCGAGCAGCAUUGCGAAAGCAUGGGGGCAAGCAGUUAUCGCUGGUUCCAUGAUGGCUGCUGUGAGUGUGUGGGUUCCAAUUGCCUCAACUACGGGAUAAAUGAAAGUCGCUGUACAGCCUGUCCGGAGGAUCUCGCCGAGGAUCUUCUCAAUGCCGAUAAGGUGCAUGGUGACCCCGAACAAGAUCUGGAUGAAGCCUUCACCGACGAUAUGUGGGACUACGGAGAAAACGAUGAUUUCAUUUAGAAAUAUCGAACAAUUGAUAUUAGUGUUAGCAUUACCUAUGAUUAAAAGUUGUUUUUUUUUUUUCUUUGCUAUUUGUAUUUUCGAUCUUAUUAAUAAAAACCCAUUU